AUGCUGACGGACGAUAACAUCAGAACCUGUAAUAUUGCACUUAAGCUCGUUCCGAAGACGUUCGAACAGGAGAUGGAAGCUCACGGAGAGAUUCAACACCCUGCUUCCACACGACGCGGCAAUCUAACGCCUAGUUCACUAGCACUAGAUAUCUAUAGAUGGUUGCCCAGCUUAGAAAGUCCCAAACGCGACUCCGUGGUUAACCACUUCGCCAUAUUUCCCGGAAUGGUACGCGCUCUGGUCGGUGCGGCACCAGCUCAUUUACAAUCGAUGUACAACGACUUUGACGAAUCUAAGAAGCAGAUGUUUAGCGAACAUAUGAAGCAUCUUCCCUGUGGGUUAGCAGUAAUUCCAGGGGUAGCCGCAUCUGGGAGGUCGACUUUCGUCAAAUUUUACGCUCUGAUGCACCUAGCAGAGCAGCCUGCCCCUGGUUCUCGCAACCAAGUCUUGAUCCUAGCACAGCAGCACCAGGUUCUUGACAAUUAUGAACCAAGCUUUAGGCGUUCGCUCGAGAAAUACGGAGCACCUCCCCACACGUUUCCCCGGAUAGAGAGGGCUUAUACAACAUCUGCGGAGAUUAGAGCGGCUGUCGACACCCCGAGCCAACCGGCCUCCAGUCAAGUACCUAACGAGCUCGAUAAGAUAGACCAGCAUCUCACCGAGUCAUUCUUGGAUGAAUUCCGUCAGGUUGCGGUGCAGGGCUCGAAGGGAGGAGCUUCCAGGAAUUUCGGUUCGGGUCCGCUGCACGUUUCCAUUACCAAGGACGUCAUCAAUCCCUCCGGCAGACGUGUUAACGAGCGUACAGACCCAAUCAAUACUAUCUACAAGGCAAAGGUACGGGAAGCCGAUAUCGUCCUCGCCACUCCCUCUACUGCCCGCGGUAUUCUUUUCAGACGGAAGUUUCAUCCAACCCUAGUCAUCAUGGACGAGAAUGCGCGCACGAGAGAGCUGACAACCAUCAUGGCCAUCUCCUCGUUCCCCUCGGCAAAACUUUUCAUGCUGCUCGGCGACCCCCAACAGCACGCCCCGGUAACUUACCACCGUGAGGACACGCCUGAAGCUUUCGACAAGCAAAUUGGUCUAUCGUGCUUGGAGAGGGUCAAACGCGGCGGGGCCGCCCUCCCCGCGCUACUCUACAAUCAUCGCCAAUAUGGAUACUUGCAGAAGAAGCCAAGUGCCUGGUUUUACGACAAUCUCAUGAAGUCCGGCGUCAAGGGUCAUUUCCCACCACCUGUCAGGGUCGUUCAUAGCAUGAUCGCCGAGUUAACCGGCCUCCGCAAGAGCGUCCGUAUCAUCGUUGACGUUACCAACUCUAACGAACAGAGUAUUAACACAUCGUUCAAAAACGACUAUCAUAUUCAUUAUAUACUAAGAAUUCUCGAAUUCUUCCUCAACAGCCCUACCUUUACAUCGGUAGACGGCAAACAACCCGGAACCAUCGCCGUCGUCUCUUAUUACAAAGCACAAGCCGCGGAAAUACAGCUUGUUCUCUAUCGUCGAGAAGUGCUAGAUUUCCGCCUUCACGUUACCGCUGAGGAGAUGGCCAAGAGGGUCCGCGUUGGCACAGUAGGCAGCUUCCACGGCGAAGGAGCAGACCUCGUGAUCAUCGAUUACACGCGUACCAAAGGCCCAGGAUUUACCGGAGACUCACACCUUAACGCAACUGCGCAUACACGCAGUAUUCAAGGGGAGAUAAUACUGAUGAACCAAUCAAGUUUCGCAAGUCAGAAAAACAGCGCCAAUAGUUCGCUGACGAAGAACCUCCACAUGAUCUACGACCAUCUCGAGAACAAACGCCGCGUCUUGAAGAUAACCUUCUGCGAUCACUGCCUUGGUUGGGGCCACGAAGGUGGAGGUUGCGUCGAAAAGCCGAAGUGUAGCAGGUGCUAUGAGGUUGGCCACGUGGCGUCGUCUUGCCCAAAUUGCGGAGAGCUGGGACACUACAGCGGUCACUUCGGAUCAGUCAAGGCUUGCUACCGCUGCGGAGGAGACCACCUUCAGGUAAACUGCGCCGAGAGCCCGGAAGUCUACUGCACCGACUGCAACAUACCAGGACAUGUCCCCGGAAGAGACCUUUGCCUAACCGCCCGGCGACUUUCACAGCAGCAGCAACACGUGCCGUGGGAUGGUUCUACAGAGGAUAACGAAUGGGAUUCGGAAGAAUGGUAG